GAUCGACCGGACCUCAGUAACUUCAUGGAGUCGGGUGAGUGGGUGUUGAAGGACUACAGGAGCUGGAAACACUGGGUUUACUACACCUGCUGCCCCGACACUCCGUACCUGGACAUCACCUACCACUUCCUGAUGCUGCGGCUGCCUCUUUACUUCAUCGUCAACGUCAUCAUUCCCUGCAUGUUGUUUUCCUUCCUCACCGGACUGGUCUUCUACCUGCCCACUGACUCUGGUGAGAAGAUGACUCUGUCCAUCUCCGUCCUGCUGUCUCUCACUGUCUUCCUGCUGGUCAUCGUGGAGCUGAUCCCCUCCACCUCCAGCGCCGUUCCUCUCAUCGGCAAAUACAUGCUCUUCACCAUGGUGUUCGUCAUCGCCUCCAUCAUCAUCACCGUCAUCGUCAUCAACACCCAUCACCGCUCGCCCAGCACGCACACCAUGCCCGCCUGGAUCCGCAAGGUCUUCAUUGAAACCAUUCCCAACAUGAUGUUCUUCUCGACCAUGAAGCGACCGAGUCAGGAGAUCCGACAGAAGAGACUGUUCCCCACUGACAUGGACAUCUCCGACAUCUCAGGUAACCCCACCCCCACAAGCGUCCCCUACCAGUCUCCCAUCAGUAAAAACCCUGACGUCCGCAGCGCCAUCGAAGGAGUGAAGUACAUCGCUGAGACCAUGAAAUCAGACGAGGAAUCGAACAAUGCGGCUGAGGAGUGGAAGUUCGUCGCCAUGGUUUUGGACCACAUCCUGCUCUGCGUGUUCAUGGCCGUGUGCAUCAUCGGGACGCUCGGCGUCUUUGCCGGGAGACUCAUCGAGCUCAACAUGCUGUACGGGGCCUGACCCCACGAAGAGAUGUGUGUCAUCAAACACAACUCCCUCUGUCUCUCACGCACAGACGGACACACACUGAGUGGACUGCUGUGUCUCUCAGUGGCGUCGCCUUCAAAUGUGUGUAUUUACUGAAACGCAGGAGAAAAUCCCAACGGCUCCAGCCCCGUGAUCUCGAUGGGUCAUACUUGAAGCUCUUCUCGUCGCUGACAACCUGUUUUUGUUGUUUUUCUACCGAGUUUGAUUGCUGCCGUCACUCUGCUGAUGAAACGAGUGAAUUUUAAUCAUCUUAUAAACAAACCAUAAACAGCAUUAAUCGACAUGAAUGACACCGUCUUGGUCUUUGAGUGCAGACGAGACGAUUUCCUGUCUGGAAGUUUUAUUGUUUUGUUUUGCCUGCAGACGCUCAAAUGAUUUUUAUAUUUAUGGGUUGAGGUUGUGAACUGUGGCGUAAACUUCACGUCACACUUUUUGAUUCAAAAAUAGAAAACUCCUCCGACUGCUCACGGGUGAGCGACCUGGUUUGUUUGGUCACUGAUGCGCGUGAACUCCUCUCGACUCUCUUGUACUUUUUCUUUAUGGCUCAUUUGGUUUUGAAUAUUAUUCUUUGGUAAAUUAAUUGAUUCUUUAAUCCCACUGAAUCAGUUUGACCUGAUCUGAAUCUUUAGUGAGGAUCCAUAAAAAAAACUAGGUGGCGAUAAAGGUGACUGUGGAGCCUUUUUCAUUAAGAUCCACAAAUUACAUACAACAAAUGCAAACAAUUUCCACCAAGAUCCAAAAUCAUUCUUAGAAAUAAAUGCAAAUGUUGAAAAAAUUCCUAUUUUGCAAUGUUUGAGUCAUUUAACACAGAUAAUUUGACCUUUGACCUUUCCCUGCUGUUAAGCUCAGAAUUCAUGAGUUUGAAUUAAGUGUAGAUAAAGAUUGAAAUUAAUCAUUUGAAUAAAUCAGGUUAAAAAACACACUGUAUUGUUUGGGAAUCAUGAGACGAUGAGGGUUGUGCAGCUUUAACCGAAACAGUUUAUGAUGCAGUGAAAGUGAAGAAUUCCACGAGGUUGACUUGUCCGUCGGUGCUGCAGUGUUGCUACGUGUUCGAAGGCAACUUGAUUUAUUUUGCAGCCGUGAGACAGGUUCAGUUUAAUGACACAGUAAUGUUCUAUUGCACUGAUUUUUUGUUUUUAUAUUUCUCAUUGUGUAGAUGUGAAAAGGGUUGAAAAAUAAAUCUCAUUCAGUUGA